CAAAAAACAAACCAAGCCUUCGAACAUUGUACUGAAUUAUAAUUUCGUUUUCGUUUUCAUUGACUUUUAUCAGAACGCGCCUGCCUUUGUUUAUGGCUGCCUGCACUUGGGGCCGUGGGCCAACAAGAUUGUCGAUUAUGCAAAACAAACUCAAAUAGGCAAAAAAGCAAAAAAUCAAACGACAAACGAGAGUAUGACAAGCCACACAUACACAUUGAAAAGAGAAAAACAGAAACAAGUUUUGCGUGCAAUUUGUUGGCUGGCCCGCGCGUCAUGAACUUCAUUAGGCAAUUCGCCUUGCAGCCGAGCAGACGCAGUGCAGCAGCAGCUCCUUCUUCUUAUUCUUCUUCUUCUCGCAGCGGACAGCAAUUGCGGCGAUCGCUCACAACACAGCACGACGACGGCGAGCAAAUGGCCAGCUUGGACUCUAGCGUACACUCGGCGGGCAUAGACGAGGUGCACAAUGUGCCGAUGAGCGUCAUUAAGCGACCGAUACCCUCCGUCCUGGACGAGCUGAAGGUGCAGUCCCUCAUGGACACCAUCAAGUCGGAACGCAGCGAGGUCGAUGUGCCGCCGGUUGAUAUCUUGUGGAUAACCGGCAGCGAGGGGGGCGACUAUUACUUCAGCUUUGGCGGCUGCCAUCGGUUCGAGGCGUACAAGCGUCUCAAUCGGGCAACCAUAAAAGCGAAACUAGUCCGUUCCACUUUGGGCGAUCUUUACCAUUAUAUGGGCUCCAGUGCGCCCAAAUAUUUGGCAUAGUUUUUUACUAUUGUUGUUGUUGUUAUUUUGCUAAAAUAUAAACAUGUUUUUAUAUGUGUAAACUUUUUAUAAUCAAA